GUGUUCAGAGCUAAUUUGGCUUGAGGUGGAACGCUGUAGAGAUCAGCGCUUCGGGGCUGUUUUUCCGACAGAGCAUUUUUAAAGGAUCAAGAAUGGCCAGCAAGAAGGAGCCUCCUUUCUUCAAUGAAGACAACGUGGGGCCGUUUUAUUGCAAACUCCCUCACUGCGAGGCUAUGGAGCUCUUCAUUGAAACCCUCGCGGGAACGUGCUUUGAGCUGCAGGUGUCUCCUUUGGAAACGGUUGUUUCUGUGAAAGCUAAAAUCCAGCGAUUGGAAGGUAUCCCGGUAUCCCAGCAGCACUUAAUCUGGAAUAACAUGGAGCUGGAAGAUGACUACUGCCUGAGUGACUACAACAUUGCAGAAGGUUGCACGUUGAAGCUGAUCUUGGCUAUGCGAGGGGGACCUAUUAAUACUCGAAGAGUUCCUGUGGAAGACCCAAUUAGGGAAAUAUCGGAAUAUAUGGAUCCCAGUCGCGACGAUGUCUGGGAAAAGGGUCAAUGCAGUAAACAGAUUGCCUUCUUAAUAUUGCGAGAAGGAGACCAGGUGAAUUUCUUCCGUGUUAUAGACAGGGGAGAUGGAACAAUAACCCCAUUGUCUGGAUCGUUAAGCGGUGGUUCAAUUUAUAAUUUGUACCCUGACGAUGAUGAAGAUGCGGAGGCUUCUCCCUCUGGCCAGCAGAUUAUCGAGAACUCUAUUACGAUGAAUAAAAUGAAGCUACUCAAGGCCAAGAUGGAGAGCCUGAAUCUCAGCAAAAAGCCUAAGAAGCUUAUAAAAGUGUUUCCCCAUCCUCCGACGGCUCCGCGUCCGGCCAGCGGAUCUGUCGCAACUGCCCGUCACCGUUUUCUCCAGGCGCUCCCUCAGAUCGGGCAGUCUUGCUUACCGCCUACCGGGAAUCCAUUCCCCUCUGAAUUCCCUCCGAAAACGCUUUCCGUUCUGGGCAUAGCUGGUAGAAGGGUGCCCGCCAUCACCAGCGACUUCUUUAAGGGAAGUGACAAAUGGGAAGCCGCAUCCCAUCCUCAGACAGCUGGCACCCCGAGGCCGACGCCUAAAAUGCCGUGCGCUGAAAAAGAAGCUGCUAAAUUUCCUGCAGGCAACGCGGCGUCAAUCCCAGCUCCGCUCACAGAUUCUGAAAGCAAUGCUGAAAACUGCGCAACAGAAAACGAGAGAAGUCCUGACUUUUACUCGAAUCUCAGGAACACAGAUUUACACACCAUGGAAGAAAAGCCCAACUCAAUACCAAACACAGAUGCUUUGGCGUUAACAGAGGCAAACUCAGCUGAGCUGUGCAACGAACUAUAUGUAGGAAAGGUGACGGGGCUGUCCUGUGGAGACGAAGACUGUAAUGCCACAGAUCUGCCUCUCGAGCUCGAUACAAAACUUCUGACCGCUGGAACAGCAACGGCCAGCAUCCUUAACUCUCACGAAUUAAGCUUUCAGAAGAACGCAGGCCUGUCGCCUCUUCAGUGUUCGGCCCAAGUGACCCGGUGUAGCCCUUGGAAACCUCAACCCCCGUCCAGGUCCUUUGAGGCAGGUAACCUCAGGUCUGCCGCUCCUUCGAAUGUGUUACGGUCGCUAGAGGUGCACGAUUUAGCAGAUGCCUCUUCGGCCAGGAGUCCUAGAUACCAUAGCCUCAGAAUGGACUCCCCUGGCAAAAGACCUGAUAUCCAUUCUAAAGCGGAGGCUAGAGAAAUGGCAGAGGUGGCCAUCAAGGCGUCCAAGGAACCGGUCGUUUCUGUUAGUAAUGUAGGAUUUCUCGCUUCCCUGGCCCGAGGCGCAAACAGGGACUCCUUGCAGAAUUCCUGGGGUGCAAGCCGGUUUCGGACUUCUGGUAUUGCACUAACGACAAACUUCCAACAUUUUCAGGAAGAAAGCUUUAGAGUGACCUCUCCUCCCAAUGACAUGCCUGGAUAUUUCUUAUCUCCCGGGCUUGGAUUAAAUGGAAAUAUUAUGGCUACAGGGAAAAGAAUAGCCGGCGACGCAGCUCAUCUUCCCCCCGUGAAUGGCUCCGUCCAGACUAAAAAGAAAAUAGUGAAGCACUGCUGCUUCUGUGGAAAGAAAACAGGACUGGCGAGUAGCUACGAAUGUAGAUGCGGAAACAACUUCUGCGCGACUCACCGCUACGCGGAGACUCACUCCUGUACUUAUGACUACAAGAAUGCAGGGCGGCGGUACCUGCAGGAGGCGAACCCUGUUGUCAGCGCCCCCAAACUCCCCAAAAUCUAA